AUGGGGGAUAACAACAACGAAAAGCCACUACGUGACUACGCAAUGCCGAAUGCUAGUGGAGCCCUUCAAGUAUUAAUCACUAUAGAUGCUGCUGCAGGAGGUGCAAUAAUGGGUAAAACUACUGAAGUAGCGAAUAGGUUACUUGAAGAAAUGGCUUCUAAUAAUUAUCAUUGGUCUAAUAAUAAGGGUAAACCAAAGAAUGAUGCUGGUAUGUAUGAAGUAGAAGGAAUUAACAUGUUAAAUGCAAAAGUUGACAACUUAGUUAAUUUGUUUACUAAAAUGAGUAAUGUGAAUUCUGUGUCUACUACUAUGCCAUGUAAUUUGUGUGGAGGUGCUCAUUUGACCAAUGAAUGCAUUAAUGUGGAACAAGCUCAAUUUGUUUCUAAUUUUAACAGGCCACCUAAUAAUGAUCCAUACUCCAAUACUUUUAAUCCUGGAUGGAGAAACCAUCCUAAUUUCUCUUGGAGGAAUCAAGGACAACAAAAUGCUAAUGUUAACUCACAAAUUCCACCUGGUUUCCAUCAAAAACAACCCCAACAAGAAAUUAGACCAUCUUGGGAACUAGCUAUUGAAAAAUUAGCUAAUGCUACUUCUGAAAGAAUUGAAAAGUUGGAAACUAAAGUUGAUCAGAUUGCUAUUUCUAAUAGAAAUGUAGAACUUCAACUUGGACAAAAUGGUAAGGAGUUAAGUAUCAUAAAAAGUACGAUUAAAGAAAAUGAGGUCGCCAAUGAAAGUGAAAAAGAGAAGGAGAAUUAUGAAGCUGAAAAAGAACCUGAAUCGACACCUCUUCCCCCAUUGAGACCUUAUGUUCCCCCUAUUCCUUUUCCACAAAGACUUAAACAAACUAAAUUAGAUAGUGAAUUUGAGAAAUUCUUGAAAAUGUUUAAGCAAUUACAUAUUAACAUUCCUUUUAUUGAUGCCUUAAUGCAAAUUCCUUCUUAUUCUAAGUUUCUUAAGGAAAUUAUGUCUAAAAAGAAGAAGUUGGAAAAAUAUGAAACCAUUGCUUUGAGUGAGGAAUGUGCAAGUGUCUCUCUUAUGCCUUUAUCUAUUUGCAAGAAGUUAGGAUUGCACAAUAUAAAAUCUACCACUGUCUCUUUGCAACUUGCUGAUAGAUCUAUCAAAUAUCCAAUAGGAAUACUAGAAAAUGUGCUAAUUAAAGUUGAUAAAUUUAUUAUUCCUGUUGAUUUUAUUAUUCUUGAUAUGGAUGAGGAUGUGGAGGUACCUAUUAUUUUAGGUAGACCUUUUUUGGCUACUGCUGGAGCUAUUAUAGAUGUUAAGAAUGGUAUUUUAACGUUUGAAAUUGGUGAAGAGAAAGUUCACUUCAAUAUAUUCAGUUCUUCUAAAAGCAAUUCACAACGUGAUCUUGUUUGUCAAGUUGAGAUAAUUGAAGACAUGACUAAGAACAAACAUGUAACUAAUGCUACUAAUGAUCUACUUGAAGUGUGUUUGAGUAAAACAGGUACUCCUCCUAAGCUUAAGAAAGCAAAGGUAAGAAAAGUUUUUCCUCCAAUCAAGGAAUGUUUUUUAUGGAGGAAAAAGGGUGAAUUCAAAACAAAAGAUACCAAAGACUAUAAUGAAGAUAAGUCUCUUAUGCAUGUUACCUGCUACUGCAGCCCUGCUGUGCUACAUGCUGCUGUAACCUGCUACUGCUCUAUUACCUGCUACUUCCUUCUACUGUGUGCUGUUGUGUGCUACUGCUACAAGCUACUGUAUCACCAUUAUCACAAGAGUAGCUAG